AUGGCUAUUACAUUGUCCGUGCUCGUCUUCCGCGCCGAACCCUUCGACUGCAUCGAGUUCCGUCAUACAAGCAUAUACCUGGAUUAUGGUGAUGGCACGCAGAGUACAUUGCAUAUAGUGGGGGCGUCGAGGGAUUACCACUUCGAAGAGGUUGAGAAGGAUCAUGCAGAGAGCGGUAAACUGGAGCGACAUAUUCUGGUUACCACAUUUCAUGAAGGUUUCACCAGUGCCAUGAUCAAAGAUGCCUGCUCCAAUACACGGGUGAACAAUGAUGGUUCGGAGUGGAAUUGUCAUCAUUGGGUCGGUGAUGUCUUGGCCGAGCUGAUGAAGCUUGAGAUUCUGAUAAAAGAU